UCCCCUAUUUUCUCUAAAGAGAGAGAAAGUGUGUGUGUGUGUGCGAUCUGAGCAGACCAACGAAGGGCAGCCGAUUGCACCCUUGGCAGCGUCUGGUCGUUUCCUUUUGAGCAUCAACCUGGUGCCAUGAUUCACUCCGGCGCCGACGUGCCAUUGGGCAUCAAGGCCAUCGAGGCCUGCGGCACCAAAUCCCAGCCGACCACUCGCUUGCGAAAAUACCAGUUGAUGGUCUUGCUGCUCACCUUUUUGACCUACAUGAGCUACCAUCUCACCCGCAAGGUCACCAGCGUUGUGAAAAGCACCCUCAAUCCCAAGGUGGAUGAUGACUGGGACAACAUCAACUCGGGCUGGUACCCCUUCAACAAGGGUGAGCCUGAUGCUGACGGCGCCCGCAAUGAGGGCAAGGCCCUUCUGGGCCUCCUGGAUACCACCUUUCUCUUUGCCUACGCCGUCGGCAUGUUCUUCAGCGGCUCUGUGGCCGAUCGCUCCAACCUGCGCAUUUUCCUGAGCGGCAGCAUGAUUACCAUUGGUAUCCUGAUGGGCGUGAUGGGCCUCGCUAAUUUCUGGGAGAUUCAUGAUCUCUGGUAUUUCCUCUUUGUGCAGGCCGUCACCGGCCUCUACCAGGCAACUGGCUGGCCCUCUGUGGUCUCCGUCGUGGGCAAAUGGUUUCCUCGGGGAAAGCGCGGUCUCGUCAUGGGCAUCUGGAACAGCCACACCUCUGUGGGCAACAUUUUGGGUGCCUUGAUUCCUGCGGCCGUUCUUGGCUGGGGUUGGGGUUGGGCUUUCAUUGUACCCGGCAUCAUCAUCGCCGGCUUGGGUAUCAUCAUGUACUUUUUCCUCAUCGUUUGUACGUCCAGUCUCGCCCCGCCAACCCCGGUAUCAAUCUGCUGUUCCCAUCAAUCUGCUGAGGAUACGGAAAAGACCACUCUUCUCAACGUGGCUGGUGACGUGCCGGUCCAGCACCAAGCCGUAUCCUUCUGGAAGGCCCUUUUCAUUCCCGGCGUCAUCUCGUUUUCCCUCUGCCUCUUUUUCUGCAAGCUGGUGGCGUAUACCUUCAUGUACUGGCUGCCAUACUACGUGCAGCACACGAAAAUUGGCGGCCACACGCUCAGUGAUUCCGAAAGUGCCAAUCUCUCCACUCUCUUUGAUGUUGGAGGCAUUGCCGGCGGUAUCCUGGCCGGCUUCUUGAGCGAUCGCCUUCGCAAGCCCGCUCUUAUCAACGCCUUUUUUCUUUACAUCGCUGUACCAAUGCUCUUCAUUUAUCACACCUAUUCCAAAGACUCGACGAGCAUCAACAUCUUUCUCCUUCUGAUCACGGGUGCCAUCGUGAACGCUCCAUACGCUCUGAUCACCACUGCCGUCUCUGCUGACUUGGGCACCCAUGAAACUCUGCGCGGUAAUCCAAAGGCUCUGGCCACGGUCACGGCAAUUAUUGAUGGCACCGGCUCCAUCGGUGCGGCCAUUGGCCCUUAUCUUGCUGGUUCCAUCAAGAGCUGGGACGACGUCUUUUGGAUGCUGAUGGCCUCUGCCGCGAUUGCAGGCCUGAUGUUGACGCGCCAAUGCAAGGAUGAGCUCUGUGGAAAGCCGAAGAAGCAAGAGGCCUACACUUUUGACUAAGCGGUUUCCCACCCAAAGCCAUGCUCGCAUCCUUUGGGCUCUUCAUUUUGUUCACAUUCUUGUUUCCCUCUUUGGUUUGUUUCAUUUUUUUUGUCCUUCCCCGCUCACUUCCUGUUCUCAGCACCCUCUCGUAAAGGCCCUUGGUUGUUUGACCAAGGAUGCUUCGCUUGAUUUUGCUGUCUGAACUUAAGUGUGCACUCUUUCGAGUUCCACGUCACCGCUCCCUUGCCCGGCUGGUCCCAAUCUGUUCAUGAAAGCAUUCAUGUGCCCGCUG